AUGUCGAUGGACUCGGACAGCUCGUCGCACAGCGGCGCCGACUACAGGAGCUUCGGCCAGAUCACCCGAGACGGUUUGUUACUUGAGAUGCUGAGAUCGACGCGGAAGAGUUCAAAAUCAACAUGGAAGGUUCUAAUCAUGGACAAACUUACGGUCAAGAUAAUGUCAUUUUCAUGCAAGAUGGCAGAUAUCACAGAAGAAGGGGUUCCAUUGGUUGAAGACCUAUACAAACGGAGGCAGCCAUUGCCUUCAAUGGAUGCAAUUUAUUUCAUGCAGCCUACUAAAGAAAAUGUUCGCAUAUUCAUGUCCGACAUGUCAGGAAAAAAUUCAUUGUACAAGAAAGCUUAUGUUUUUUUCAGUUCUUCCGUACAGAGGGAAUUGGUAGCUCAUAUAAAAAAGGAUUCGACUGUACUAACUCGCAUCAGUGCACUCAGUGAGAUGAACUUGGAAUACUUUGCUAUUGAUAGUCAGGGCUUCAUAACUGACCAUGACAAUGCCUUGGAGGAGUUGUUUAGUGAAGAUGCAGAAGGCUCACACAAGUACAAUGCAUGCCUUAACACAAUGGCUACAAGAAUUGCCACAGUGUUUGCUUCAUUGAGGGAAUUUCCUCGUGUGCACUACCGUGUAGCCAAAACAAUCGAUGCAUCUACUCUGACGACACUACGAGAUUUGGUCCCAACAAAGCUUGCUGCUGCCGUGUGGAAUUCCCUUGCCAGAUAUAAGUUGAUGAUACCUGAAUUUCCACAAACAGAAACAUGUGAACUACUUAUUGUUGACCGAUCAAUAGAUCAGAUUGCACCAAUUAUUCAUGAGUGGACAUAUGAUGCUAUGUGCCAUGAUCUACUGUGUAUGGAUGGCAACAAGUAUGUACAAGAGGUUCCAAGUAAGAAUGGUUCAGCAAAUGAGGAAAAGGAGGUUUUGUUGGAGGAUCAUGAUCCAGUAUGGCUUGAGCUGCGGCAUGCGCAUAUAGCUGAUGCUAAUGAAAGGCUGCAUGAAAAGAUGACCAGUUUUGUAUCAAAGAACAAAGCAGAACAAAGCAGCUCAACUACAGCAGGCAAGAUUGCAGGAAAGCUUAAUAAUAUAAUCAAAGAACAACACCUCAAAGAUGUUGGACAGCUAGAGCAAGAUCUUGUGUUUGGUGAUGCUGGGACAAAAGAACUAAUCAGUUUCUUACGAACCCGCAUGGAUGUAAGUCAUGAAAAUAAGCUGCGUUUGCUGAUGAUUUAUGCUUCCAUCAACCCAGAGAAGUUUUUCGAAAGUGAGAAAGGUGCAAAGCUGAUGCAGCUUGCAGGAUUAUCUGCUGAUGACAUGAUUGUAGUAAAUAAUGUGCGCUGCUUAUGUGGACCUGAUACUAAAAAGUCUUCAGUUGGGGCCUUUACUUUGAAAUUUGAUCUUCAGAAGAAAAAGCCUGGUAUCAGAAAGGAGCGGAUUGGGGAAGAGUCAACAUGGAUGCUAUCUCGAUUUUAUCCCAUCCUGGAGGACUUGAUUGAGAAACUUAGUAACGGUGAGCUACCGAAGGAUGAGUACCACUGCAUGAAUGACCCUAGUCCUAGUUUCCGUGGAAUUCCAGGAAGCACAUCUGCUCGAACGAGCCCAGUUCAUCAGCCGGCCCAAUCCAUGAGAUCUAGACGAAUAGGUGGCACAUGGGCUACGCCUCGGAACUCUGAUGAUGGUUAUUCGAGUGACUCUGUACUGAAGCAUGCAUCAAGUGACUUCAGAAAGUUGGGCCAGCGCUUAUUUAUCUUUGUAAUUGGGGGUGCUACUCGGUCUGAGUUGCGUGUUGCCCACAAGCUGUCAGGCAAACUGAAGAGAGAAAUUAUCCUUGGCUCCUCUAGUCUCGAUGACCCACCGCAGUUCAUCACUAAAUUGAAGAUGUUAUCAACCGAGGAGUUGUUGCUGGAUGAUUGCAAAUAUAACAAUGCCAAGGACGAUUGGCCUUGA